CCCUCCCCCUCCGCGUGCUCCCCCCGCCAUGGGCAACUGCUUCUCCACGCCGCCGCCGUCGCCCAGAAAGCCCCCGCCGCAGCAGCAGCCACAGCAGCGCGCCCCGCCUCCGCCCGCCGCACGGCCAAUCCCCAACGGUCACCCGCCUCCCGCGCCGCCGCACGCCCCGCCGGCGCCACAGCCGGUGUCGCCGAGGCAACCAGCGCCCCCGCCCCCUCCAGCGGCAGCGGGCGGGUACCCCCUGCGCAAGUCUCUUUCCCCGGGAGUGGUGUCGCAGUACAACUACCAGGAGGUGCAGGCCGCCACUCAGUCCUUCUCCACCGAGAUCGGCCGCGGGGGCUUCGGCGUGGUGUUCCAUGGGCGCCUGGCGGACCCCCAGGGUGGCCCGCCACACGAGGUGGCGGUGAAGCUGAUGGCGGAGGACCACAUCACCAACGGCAUUGACAGCUUCAUUACGGAGGUGGGGGUGAUGGCGAGGGUGCACCACCCCAACAUACUGCGACUGGAGGGCUACGUGGUGGGCGCCACGCCCAUCCUCAUCUACGACUACGUGUCCAUGGGGGACGUCUCCACGUACCUCGCUAAAGCGGCGAGGGGAGAGGUAUCCUUCACGUGGAAGCAGCGGGUGGCGGUGGCGCUGGGGUGUGCGGAGGCGCUGACGACCAUCCAUGCCAAUAACUUCGUGCAUCGCGACUUUAAAGCCACCAACGUGCUGCUCCGCCAGGACCUCACCCCGGUGGUGGCGGACUUUGGGUUGGCACGAGCAGUGGACGAUUGGAAGACGCACGUGCAGACCAGGGUCAUGGGGUCCGUGGGGUACAUCGACCCCAUCUACUUCGACUCCGGCGAGGGUGGUGGGUGGGAGGGGAGGUAUGGGGUACAGCGACCCCAUCUACUUAGAGUCCCUCCGGUGGGGGCCCAUGCACGCUGUGCUGCACCCUCCUGUGCUGCACCCUCCUGCGCACUCCCUUCUACAGUUCCUGCAUCACAUGUUCCCGGGCACUGGUUGACUGCAAGGCAACGGUGGCAUGUUGAGUCGCAAGUCAGACACGUACGCGCUUGGCAUCCUGCUUCUGUUCAUCCUACGCCAAAACACACCACCAAUUCGAAACGCCUUCCUGCUUCUGCUCACCUGCUGUCCCCUCUCCCCCUCCCUCCAGGCAUGUUGAGUCGCAAGUCAGACACGUAUGCAUUCGGCAUCUUCCUACUGGAGCUGGUGUCGGGGUGCUCCGCCCUGGACGCGCGGUUCAAGGACCUGCGCAAGCUGGUCACGGCCAAGGACUUCCCCGACCCCGCCCUCGUGCUGGACCCGCAGCUGCACGCCCAGUGGCAGCUCAAGCAGGUGCUCGUCGCCUUCACACUCAUCAAGUUUGCCAUCUUCUUUGACUGGGAGCACCGCCCCGGCAUGGAUGUGCUCCGUGACAAGCUAAAGAACUUGAUUAAUGACAUGUGA